AUGUGCAAAUGGAUGCUACCCGCUCCCGGGCUCCUUUCUGACUCCUCCGUUGGCGCUGCCCACGCCGGGCUGCCCACGCCGUCGUUACCCGCCUCUGCCUCCUUCCGUCUGGCAUGCCUCCUCCUCUUGCUCCUGCUGGGGGGUUCGUCUCACGGAGGGUGCCCCCCGGGUUUAGGACGUGACCCGCUCCAGGCUUUGGCGCGGGGAGCGAACUGCUCGUGGACUCUGGAGAGACACACGCGCAGUUACAAUCACUUGGAGGGCGACGUGCGUUUACGACGCCUCUACUCCGCCAACAAGUUCUUCCUCUGCAUCGACAAGACGGGCAAAGUGGACGGAACGCGCCGGAAGAACCACCCCGACAGCCUGAUGGAAAUCCGAUCUGUCAGUGUGGGAGUUGUCGCCAUCAAAUCUGUCAGCACAGGACUGUACUUAGCCAUGUCCAAAAAAGGAACACUGUUUGGAUCGGCAAGGUACACGCCCAGCUGUAAGUUUAAAGAGCGCAUCGAAGAGAACGGCUACAACACGUAUGCCUCUCUGCGCUGGAAACACGGGGGGAGGCAGAUGUUCGUGUCCCUAAACGGGAGAGGGAGGCCGAGGAGGGGUCACAAAGCCCGCAGGAGGCACCUGUCCACCCAUUUCCUCCCCAUGCUACCGACAUAG